UUGAUCUACUUUUUCUGUAUAAAAGCCAGGCGCUUUUCGAUGGGUAAAUAUUAACAGCUGCUUAAAAAUGAAACAGGAAGAAUAUGAUCAAAUGUACAGCUUCAAUCGAGAAGGCAAUGAAACUUGGGUUAAGAAAAAAAUAAACAAUUACUGCACAUUUCUCUCAAAAGAUGGUAUUCGGAAAAUAAUUUUGAGGAGGGUUCCAGUUAUUGAUUGGAUUGGCUCGUACCAAAUCAACAAUUUCGCAUCUGAUUUCAUCGCAGGACUUACGAUGGGCGUUUACAAUGUUCCACAAGCAAUGUCAUACUCAAUUCUUGCGGGUCUUCCUCCUGUGUACGGUCUUUAUGCGAGUUUUUUCCCGCCUUUUCUCUACUCAAUUUUUGGAUCAGCCAAACACUCGAGCAUCGGCGUUUUCUCAAUUACAUGUUUGAUGGUCGAUAAAUGUGUUAAAAAGAUGUUGAAAUUCAGAAAUGAAAAUCCUGAAAAAUUCACCAGUGUUCAAGCAAUUGAAAUAGUGACAAGCUUGUGUAUUCUAACUGGAAUAAUUCAGGCUGUGAUGGCAAUAUUUCGAUGUGACAAACCCAUGAAGUUUCUUGGUGCUCCUGCAAUAUCAGCGAUAACAUUCUCCGCGUGCUUCUUUGGAGUAGUAUCACAAAUUCCGAAAUUAUGUGGUUUUUCUGUACCAUCAAGAAACGAACAUUGGUUCAGUCUUGUUCAUUCAAUUUUGGACAUUUUCGAAAACUGUCAUAAAUCGAACACUGCUACACUCUGCAUAUCUGCUUCUGCGCUCGUUUUCUUAAUUGGAUCCCGGAUUUUCAUUGAGCCAUUUUUCAAAAAUCACAAAAAAUUGCAAAGUAUACCAUUUCCGAAAGAGCUAAUCACGAUAGUCAUUGCCACUUCGGCUUCAUAUUUCUUUGAUUUUGAACACAGGUUUGGUGUGAAAACGUUACACACAGUUCCCCGUGGAUUUCCGUAUCCGGAUGUUCCCCGUAUCGACAUCUGGCCGUACAUUUUUCAGGACGCACUUUCAAUUGCUGUUGUCGCAUAUGCUGUCACAAUGGCAAUGGGACAGGAGUUUGCCACAAAGCACAGAUAUCGAAUCGAUUCCAAUCAGGAACUUCUAGCCCUCGGCUUUAUCAAUAUUGGAUCUUCGUUUUUCUCGGUGUUUCCAACAUCAGCCUCAUUUUCGAGAACCCUUGUUAACGAAAGAAGUGGAGCUAAAACCCAACUAUCUGGAAUAACGAGUGCUUGCUUCAUGGCACUUGUGAUUACAACAAUCGGUCCUUAUCUAGCAUCACUUCCAAGUUGUAUUCUGUCAGCAAUUGUAAUUGUUGUCCUAGAAUCUAUGUUGAGAAAGUGCACAGUACUACCAGGACUUUGGAGGUGUUCCAAACAUGACUUCUGGAUUUGGAUCAUUACUGCUGUUGUGACUCUAAGUUCCGAUAUUGCGCAAGGGGUAGCUGCUGGAAUUUUCACGGCAAUUUUUACAAUUGCAAUACAAUCUCAGCAACCUACGAUUAAACUUCUUGGGCAAAUCCGACCAAAUGAUUUUAGACCAAUGAAUCACUAUAGCUUGGCAAAGGAAACAUCGUUCCGAAUCAUUAGAUUUGAUGCACCACUGAUUUUCGCAAACGUUGAGAAGUUUCUCGAUAACGUUCGCGAUUCGACAUCAGCCACCACAAAAAAGAGAAGCGCGAGUUGCGAUUCCCAAGAGGAUAUUGAGUGGAGUGCAAUCAUUCUUGACUGCCACACUUGGAUUUAUACGGAUUCUAUGGGGAUUGCUGCGGUGAAGCAAAUUAAUGAAGAAUUACGACAAAUUCGUAUACUCCUGUUGUUUGCAAAUCUGAAGUCAUCACUCCGACGACAAUAUGGAAAUGCUGGCCUGAUUGGAGAAGGGAAUAUUGGAAGAAAUCAAAUGUAUCCCUCCAUUCAAGAUGCGCUGGAUUCUGCUCACGAAUUAAUUAAAAAUCAUAAAAUGUUUUUUGAUUGCGAGAAAAGUAUGCCGCCAGAAAAGAUUGUGCCUUAGAAUACAUAGAUCAUUAUUUAUCAGUUUUAUCAAUUGAUCAACUUGUUAAUCAUAUGGGUCAUAAUAUGUGUAAUUAUUGGGUCAAUAUUUGAAAUUUUUGUUAAACUUGCUCAUGCUUCAAGUUUUCAAUAAAGUUACCGUAAAUUGAG